UGGCCUUCGGUGCCAGCCCCGCCCUGUCCCUCCCGCCGGAGAAGGACUAGAGGGAGGCCCAGCAGCCAGCCAGUUCCCGCGCGUCGUGCAACUCCGUGGCCUCACACCCCUACGAGUCCGCAGAAUGGAGGUCAAGAAGAUUGCCAUCUUCGGUGCCACGGGCAGGACCGGGCUCACCACCCUGGCGCAGGCGGUGGAAGCAGGUCAUGAUAUCACGCCACGAGACCAGCCACUGACUGGGGCCUACUCAGUGACCCUGGAUGGACGAGGCCCCUCAAGGGUCAUCUCCAAACACGACCUGGGCCACUUCAUGCUGAGCUGUCUCACUACUGAUAAAUACGACGGGCACAGUACCUACCCCUCCCACCAGUACGACUAGGGAUCUGACCGCAUCCAGGAGGACGGCCUUCUGAGAAAUGGAGAACAGAGGAAAGGAGCAAUAAAUCUUGAGCCCAGAGCUUCACGUUAUUCUA